AUGAGCGCAGGAAGCCAAUGCUCAUCAGCCGCAAACACAUGCGUAUAUGAGGUGAUCUAUGGAGACGAGUCCCACACCAAUGGGGUUUUCUCCAAAGACAAGCUGACCUUAACUCCCGCGGACGUAUUUGAUGGGUUCCUCUUUGGCUGCGGCCAAGAUAACGAAGGCUUCCAUGAUGGCUCGGCCGGUUUACUUGGUCUCUCCGCGACAACAAGCUCCACCGGUUACCUCAGCUUCGGCAGUCCCACCGGAGCUUCCAAUGCUGCCAUAAAAUACACACGGCUCACUACUUUAUCCUCUGGCUCAACGUAUUACGGCCUUAACCUGGUUGGGAUCAAUGUGAACGGGCAAAAGCUUUCAAUUCCCGCUUCGGUGUUUUCGUCUCCGGGGACGAUCAUUGACUCCGGGACUGUCAUAUCACGGCUGCCGCCCACCGCCUUCAGCGCUUUGCGCGACGCAUUUCAGGCAGCGAUGACAAGCUAUCCUUCAGUUCCGGGGGAUGGAUUCCUAGAUACAUGCUACGACCUCAACUGCAAUCCAACGGUGACGUAUCCGAAAAUAGAGUUUGUGUUCGGCGACGGGGUUACGUUGACUUUGGACGCAACUGGAAUCGUCUACCUUUUGGACGGGACAAUGAAGCAGGUUUGCUUGGCUUUUGUUGGGAAUGAUGAUGCAGACGAGCUUACGAUAUUCGGAAAUACUCAGCAGAAGAAUAUGGAGGUAUUGUAUGACGUCGCCGGAGAGAGAGUCGGAUUUGCUCCCGGUGGUUGCUGA